ACAGAUAGCAAAUGUUCUUAUCAAUACAUACCCGAAAAAUUGAACAACAUUAUACAGAAUCAGGUAGGUCUUGAUGAAUCCCGAUUGUUCCUUCUUCUGGUUGGCCAUCGGUGUUAAUUUGUGAUUCUGAUUAGCCUUAAUAAGAAGGUUCUUUGAGUAUUCCUUAUUAUUUAUUGAUAUAACACCGGCUCGGAACACUGACCGCUCACCUCUGCAAAACAAACCACGAAUGAACGGCGUUCCACUGAUUCAUCGCAGUUCACAAGACUUGACUGUCUGUCACAGUCAGGCAGGUUGUUCCAAUUGGUUUCGUUCCGCGGAUCCAUCAUAGACGCGUGGCCUUCAAAGAUGGGAGCUAGCACCAAAACUGGCAAGUUUGCCGUAGGAUUUACGGCCUUAGCCUUUCUGUUUAUCCUGAUAGCGUUCGUGUCCCCGUAUUGGCUGCAAACCGAUGGGAAGCUGGAUCGACCCAAAUUUACAAAUCUCGGACUAUGGGAGCUGUGCCUCUACGAUUUCCAGGACAUCCACCGGUUUUACGAUACCCGGUUCAAUGGAUGCAUGUGGAUUUUCGAGGAGGAAUAUUACAUCCUGCAUGACUACAUACUGCCCGGAUUCUUUAUUGCGGUUCAAUUCUUUUUCACGCUUUGCUUCACCCUGCUACUCAUGGGCGUCAUCAUGACCCUGAUAUACCUUGGAUGUUCCCGGGACAACGAUCGCUACAUAAUGCUGUUGCUAACAAAUGGGACGACCAUGGUAGUAGGAGCGAUUUGUGGCUUCAUAGCUAUUUUGACAUUUGGCUGCUAUGGUGAUAGUCGCGAUUGGAUGCCCAACUGGGAACACAACGGAAUGGGAUGGGCCUUCGCGUUGGGUGUCAUCGGAGUGUUUGCCCUGUUUCCGGCCGGUAUUCUGUUUAUUGUGGAAGCGCGGAGAGCAACCUAUCGACGUCUGAACAACAUAGCUAAUGCCGAAAUGGCCGCCUAUACCAUGGACGAACGAAAAUAUCAUGGUGGACACACCGAUAUCUAAAAUCUAAAGAAUCUCGUAGUGAAGAGAUCUUUAACAAUUUUUAAGAGUUUGCCUUAUUUUAUACAAUAGGAUAGAUUAGGAUUAGAACAACAAAAUUCAGCGAAUGAGUAACAAAUGAAUAUCAUCCUUAAAUGUAAGUUUCAAACGAUCGUGUAGUAUUGAAAUGCUUAACAUUCCGUCCGGUGACUAACCAUUUUUUCAAGUUGCUAUUACUCGAGAAGCAUUUCCAAAUGGACGAAUAAAAGAUGUUUUUAUUAAAGAAGAA